AUGAACGAUUUAGAACCCGUGAAUUCCCGCUCAUUCUACGCCCAGAGCCAAAAGGUCGUCCCAAAGGUGCUCGAUAUGGCAGAUGAUGAGUUUUAUGGCCACAAGAAAACCAAUUCUCAGACAAUGACUCACGGCAUGAGGCCCAGAGUGAAAUGGUCGCCUGAAUUAGAAAAAGUUAAAGUCUUUCGAAAAGUUCCUACAGAACGAAGGGUCCAAUUGCUUCAGAUUAAAGCAAUUAGAACGAAUCGAGUCCCAGGAAAGAGUAUCUUGAAAACACACACUAUGAGUAUUUCUCAAUCUGAAGAGUUCGAUAUGUCAAGUUCCACAAGCAUCUCAGACGAUGGAAGUCCUGCAAGGGAGGUGAGAAUCCCACCACCCAGAAGAAGGCUUCACUUCGGAGUAUCUCCUGCAAAGAAGGCUAUUGCUACCAGUUCUGGGUCGAUUAGUGCUCCGAAGCCUCGAAAGAAAUCCUUUCGCAGGGGUUCGACAGAAAAGUUGAAGAAAAUAUACAACGUAGAUGAUGAACCAACCAAGCCGAGGGUGUAUAGGAGCCCCACUCGGUUCUCUAAAUAGUGCUAUGGCAAGCAGAACCGAUCAUAAUAUUUUCUUGUAAUAUAAAAUUUCUG